CAAGCUGAUAUUCGAAGAAGGCCGCCCUCCCGUGGGAAUGGAUGUGCGCCGUUCUUGAUCGCCCAGGUGUUUUUACAGCGCUGCUUCCCCGCCCGCAUUUCCGUUCCGUCCGUGGGGAGUUGGUGAUAUCGUCGUUUUUUGCGGUAGCACUGUGUAUCCAACCGUAGUUAUUGUGCUGCGACUCCUGUUGCUUUUGAAAGUUGCCUGCAGCCAACCAUGACCGAGUUAGCCGAGCCACACAUUGAGGUCGACACGGCCAACGACCAUGAUUCGGUGAUUUCGGACGACAUCUCAGCCUUCACCACUUCCAUCACGUCCAGCAUCCUCGACUAUCCCGUCGAGAACGGCCGCCGCUAUCAUGCCUUCCGAGCCGGCGUCUACUGCCUGCCCAACGAUGAGCUCGAGCAGGAUCGCCUCGACCUGUCGCAUGCCCUCAUGACCAAGGGCAUCGGCAACAAGCUGUUUCUCGCGCCCAUCGACACGGACAAGAUGCACCGCGUGCUCGACAUCGGCACCGGCACGGGUAUCUGGAGCAUGGCCAUGGGUGACGAGUACCCCAACGCCCAGAUCCUAGGCAAUGAUCUUAGUGCCAUCCAGCCUCCGUGGGUCCCCCCAAACGUCAAGUUUGAGAUUGACGACGUCGAAUGCCCUUGGGUGUACGAGGCGCCCUUCGACUUCAUCUUCUGCCGCUACAUGGCUGCUUGCAUCAAGGACUGGCCCACCCUCGUCCGGUCCGUUCACGACAACCUCACGCCCGGCGGCUGGGCUGAGUUUCAGGAUUUCGACCUGCAGUACUACUCGGAGGACGGGUCGCUCAAGGAAGGCUCCCACACGCUGACGUGGAUCAACACGCUGCUGGAGGCGGCCCGCAAGACGGGGCGUGAGCCAUCGCCCGGCCCGAGGCUCGAGGGCUGGGUGCGCGACGCCGGUUUCACCAACGUGACGCACCAGAGGUUUCGCUUCCCCAUCGGGCCCUGGGCCAAGGACCCGCAUCUGAAGGAGGUCGGCUUGUACAACAUCCAGCAGGUGCUGAGCGGGCUCGAGGCCUUCUCGCUGCGCCUGUUCUGCCACGUGCUGGGGUGGCCGAAGGACGAGGUGCUUGUGCUGCUUUCCAAAGUGCGGAACGAGCUGAAGAACCCGAACUUGCAUGCGCAGUUUGACUUUCACGUUGUAUACGGCCAGAAGAAGCAGGCGGAGUGAGAGCACAGAGAGCAGAGCUGGAGUAGGUGAUGAGGACAACAGUUGGAUAUACCCCGGGAAGAGAAGAAGACGGUCGAGGAUAUAUGCCAUGUACAUCCCUGUAUUCGAGAGGCGGUGUCACUCCCUUCAUCGCUGCCCGUGUACGUACCAGAUCUUCAACCGGGCUGUCAUUGCCUUUCGACUGUCAAUCCCAAAGCUGUCAUCUCCUCCGCAAGCGCCCGCGCCUCCUCAACAUCGAAGGUCUCCGUUCCGUCCUCGCCGACGUGCAGGCACGACGAAUGAAACCAGACCUCCUCCCCUCCUUCCAGACCCAAACCCUCCACCAGGGCCGUCAAAUUCUCCCUCCUCACCCCAC